GAUGAUGAUGAUGACGAGCAGAAGGCGGCGCUGUCAGCGGAGUACGCCGUGACGGAGCUGCUGGAGAGCGAGCGAGAGUACGUGCGGGACCUGCAGCAGCUGCUGGACUCCUACUACAAGAAGCUGGGCCGCCGCACGACGCCCGCUGUGCUGCGAGACAAGAGGGACCUCAUCUUCUCCAACCUCAGCGACAUCCUCGACUUCCAUCGCGAGGUCUUUGUCAACGUGCUGCAGGCGUCUGCUACCACCCCCGCCACAGUGGGUGACUGCUUCCUGAUCAAGGAGAAGAAGUUCAGCAUGUACGUGGCUUACUGGACCGAUCACGUGACCUCAGCUGCUUACCUCGACGACGAGGAAGCUCAGGAGUUCUUAAAGGAGUACAGCCGCUCUAUCGGUGAGUCGGAGCUGACCUUCAGUCGCCUGCUGCGCGCGCCGCUCGACCGCCUGGUGACGUACCAGGGGCUGCUGCGUGACAUCCUGCGUUACACUGUGCGUGCUGGCGAGGACGGCACGUCACUCGUGAGGGCCAUCACCAUGCUGGCCGACAUCCAGCGACAGGUGCAACAUCGUCAGCUCUUGCGCAACAUACAGGGGCUGUGCGAAGACGUCACCAGUCUCGGCCAACUCAUACGUCACGAUGACGUCAUCGUCUGGGACGGGGAGGUAAGCGGCGGUCGCGGCAAGGACCGCCAUCUUUUCCUCUUCCGGGACAAGCUGCUGGUCACCAAGACCAAGCGCACCGAGUCUCAGCAGGAUCCCGCUGUCUACCUCGUCAAGGACGUUGUGCAGCUGCAGAAGGUGAAGGUGAAGGAGCAGGUGAGGGAGGACGAGCGAAGGUUGGAGCUGUGGGGCGCGGGGGCCACGGGGGCCAAGCUGACGGUGCAGACACGUCACGGCGCCAGCAGACAGGCCUGGUGUAGGGACCUGCGGGAACUCCUCAAGGCUCUAGGUGUGGAGGACACAGACGUUAUGCCUGAGAAGACAACUCCGGAUGACCCAGAAGAGACCCCCGCCUCCCCUCCUCCUAAGAAGAAGGUGGCGACCCCUGAGGACGUGGCUGCCCCCCAUGUCGCCCUCACUGACUCCGACACCGACCGCACGAUGACCGAUGCGGACUACGCUUCCCUCAGCUCCUACGACAGUGACGUCAGCGGUGUCCUCACGGCGGCAGAGGUCGACGACCUGACCCCGCGCCCAGUCUUCAAGAUCCGUCCACAGAGGACCGUCUGUCAGGAGGGCAGCACCGUGAGACUCGAGUGCGUGGUAGCAGGCAGCCCCAAGCCCAGUGUCACGUGGCUGAAAAACGGAGGAGCUCUCUCUCCGUCUGACAACAUCCGGGUCCUCAACGAAGGCGACAGUAGCGCCCUCGUCAUUGGCCUGGUGACCAGACGUCAGGCCGGACAGUACACCGCUCUCGCCGCCAACACUAGCGGCUCCGCCUUUGCCACCGCGGAACUCAUUGUUCUCGAAGAGCUCAGCAGUGAGAAAGACAGCGCAAAUGACACUUCCUCGUGUGACACUUUAAAGGUCGAGGUAGACGGCGACACCAACCAGCGGACUUUAGAGCAGGAGGGUACAGGCCACCUUGUGACAGCAGCAGAGACUAACGACGAGCUCACUGCAGCGCCACCUGUAGAGUGCCAACAGCGAGACAGUCCACAACAUCCUUCCACAGGUAGAGAACAGGCGGAAACAUCUGUCGAACUACACACAACCACAGAAGGUCCUCCAGACAUACAAGUGUCGACUUCUGUUGAAGUAGAGUCUCACACAGAAGGUUCUAAAGACAUACAAGUAUCGACUUCACUUGGAGAAGAGUCACACACAACCAGAGAAGGUUCUAAAGACAUACAGGUGUCGACUUCUGUUGAAGUAGAAUCUCACACUGACGGUCCUAAAGAUAUACAGGUAUCGACUUCACUUGAAGAAGAGUCACCAAGGACUACUGAGGGUGCUGAAGAUAUUAAAGUAUCGACUUCUGUUGAAGUAGAGUCACGGACAACCACAGAAGGCACAAAAGACAUACAAGUGUCGACUUCUGUUGAAGUAGAAGCACACAGAACCACACACCAGACACGUGAUCUUGCUUUAUCGGCUUCAGUUGAUAUCGAGUCACAAAGAACCACAGAAGAAAGAAGUUUUCUGGAAGUCUUAGCUGCGGCUGAAGUAGAAUCUCGACGAAUUGUUGAAGAAGCGAGACAUCUUGAAGUUUCAGCUUCUGUUGACCUCGACUCUGAGACAAGCACUGCUGACAUCGGCUGCAAACAGUCUCUUACCGAGACAAGCCCUCGCCAGGUCGCUACUGCUGAUGUCCAGCAACAGGGAACUGCAGAGACAGAUCUUGAGACAACAGGUGUUACUGAGGUAGAACCCUUAGUUGCUCUACAAUCACUAGAAACUGUAGAAGAGACACGGAAUCUUGAAGUGUCAACUUCUGUUGAUGUCAGUUCACAAAGAACUGCGGACGAGACAAGAGCUUUUGAAGUAUCUACUUCUGUAGAAUCACCAAGAACUGUUGAAGACACAGGAAACCUUAAAUUAUCAACUUCUGUUGAUGUCGAAUCACAAGUAACUGCCAGACAAACAAGAGAUCUCCAAGUGUCGACUUCUGUUGAUAUAAAUACUGACGACACAAGACAUCUUGAGGUAUCUACUCCUGCUGAUGUACAAUCACAAAGAAGUGUUGUAAGAAGAAGGGAACUUGAAGUAUCCACUUCUAUUGAUGUAGAAUCACAUGACACUUUUGAAGAGACACGACAUCUUGAAGUAUCUGCUUCUGUAGAAUCACAAAGAACUGUUGAAGACACAGGAAAUCUCAAAUUAUCGACUUCUGUUGAUGUAGAAUCACAAAAACCUGUUGACGAGACAAGAGAACUUGAAGUAUCUACUUUUGUUGAUGUUGAAUCACAAACAACUAUUAGACAAACAAGAGAUUUUGAAGUAUCUACUUCUGUUGAUGUAGAAUCACAAAGACCUGUCGAUAAGAAAAGAGAACUUGAAGUUUCUGCUUCUGUUGAUGUGGAAUCACCAAGACCUGUUGAAGAAGUACAAAAUCUUGAAGUAUCUACUUCUGUAGAAUCACCAAGACCUGUUGAAGAGACAAGUGAUCAUCAAGACUCAUCUCCUGUUCAAGAGGAGUCACGACGAACUAUUGAAGAGAAACUCGAUCUUGAAAUAACAACUACAGUUGAAGUAGAAUCAUCACAAAGAGAAACAGAAACAUCACACGAUCUUGACCUUUCCACUUUUGCUGAGGUAGAGUCACACGAAACCACUGACAGGAAAGUUAACCUACAGGCGACAUCUUUCCUUGACCAAGAGUCCAAAAGAAGCACAGAAGACACUAGAGACCGUGAAACAUCAGCUUUUGUACAGACAGAAUCACAAAUACCUGCUGGUGAGACAGGAGGUCUCGAAGUAUCAUCCUUUAUAGAGGUAGAAGCACAAGAAACCACACAAACCAAAGUUGGUCUUGAAGUAACAGCUUCUGUUGACACAGACUCGCAAACAUUUGUCACAGAGACAAACACUCUUGACCUAACAGCUUCUGUUGAUGUCAAAACACAAACAACUCUUGAUAAGACAAGAGACUUUCAAGUAUCUACUUCUGUUGGUGUAGAAUCACCAAGACCUGUUGAUAAGACAAGGGAUCUUGAAGUAUCUACUUGUGUUGAGGUAGAAUCAGGAAAAUUUGGUGAGGAGAAACGAGACCUUGAGGUAUCUACUUCUGUUGAUGUACAAUCACAAAGAUCUGCUGAAGAGAAACGAGACCUUGAAGUAUCUACUUCCGUUGAUAUAAAAUCACAAAGACCUGUGGAAGAAGUACAAACUCUUGAAGUAUCUGCUUCUGUUGAUGUAGAACCUCAAAGACCUGUUGACGACACAAGAGAACUUGAAGUAUCUACUUUUGUUAAUGUAGAAUCACAAACAACUCGUAAGCAAACAAGAGAUCUUGAAGUAUCUACUUCUGUUGAUGUAGAAUCACAAAGACCUGUUGAUAAGACAAGGGAAUUUGAAGUAUUUACUUCUGUUGAUGUAGAAUCACAAAGACCUGUUGAUAAGACAAGAGAUCUUGAACUAUCUACUUCUGUUGAUGUAGAAUCACAAAGACCUGUUGAUAAGACAAGGGAUCUUGAAGUAUCUACUUCUGUUGAGGUAGAAUCACAAAGAUUUAGUGAGAAGAAACGAGAGCUUGAGGUAUCUACUUCUGUUGAUGCACAAUCACAAAGACCUGUCGAUAAGAGAAGGGAUCUUGAAGUAUCUACUUCUGUUGGUGAAGAAUCACAAGCACCUGUUGAUGAGACGAGAGAUCUUGAAGUAUCUACUUCUGCUGGUGUAGAAUCACAAAGACCUGUUGAUAAGAGAAGGGAACUUGAAGUAUCUACUUCUGUUGAGGUAGAAUCACAAAGAUUUAGUGAGAAGAAACGAGAGCUUGAGGUAUCUACUUCUGUUGAUGUAGAAUCACCAAGACCUGUUGAAGAAGUACGAAAUCUUGAAGUAUCUACUUCUGUAGAAUCACAAAGACCUGUAGAUAAGACAAGAGAUCUUGAAGUAUCUACUUCUGUCGAUGUAGAAUCACAAAGACCUGUAGAUAAGACAAGAGAUCUUGAAGUAUCUACUUCUGUCGAUGUAGAAUCACAAAGACCUGUUGAUAAGACAAAAGAUCUUGAAGUAUCUAUUUCUGCUGAUGUAGAAUCAUCAACACAUGUUGAAGAGAAACAAGAGAUUGAGGUAUCUACUUCUGUUGAUAUAAAAUCACAAAGACCAGUUGAAGAGAAACAAAAUCUUGAAGUAUCUACUUCUGUCGACGUAGAAUCACAAAGACUUGUUGAUACGACAAGAGAUCUUGAGGUAUCUAUUUCUGCUGAUGUAGAAUCAUCAACACAGGUUGAAGAGAAACAAGAGCUUGAAGUAUCUACUUCUGUUGAUGUAGGAUCACAACAACCUGUUGAUAAGACAAGAGAUCUUGAAAUAUCUACUUCUGUUGAUAUAAAGUCACAAAGACCUGUUGAAGAAGUACAAAAUCUUGAAGUAUCUGCUUCUGUCGACGUAGAACCUCAAAGACCUGUUAACGAGACAAGAGAACUUGAAGUAUCUACUUCUGUGAAUGUAGAAUCACAAAGAACUAUUAAAGAAACAAGAAAUCUUGACGUAUCUACUUCUGUCGACGUAGAACCACAAAGACCUGUUGAGGAGACAAGAGAACUUGAAGGUCCAUCUUCUAUUUAUUCAAAAUUACCAGAAUCCAGAAAGAAAGGUGGCGCUGAAGCAUCAAGUGCUGUUGACUUAGAAUUACAAAGAACCGCCAAGGCUACAGGAGACCUCGAGGUAGCUGCUGCUGUUGAACUCAACUUACAAGGAAAGGUCACUGAGACAAGAGAGCUUGGAGUAUCCGCUUCUUCUGACACAAAGUCGCAAAGAACAAAAGAAGACUCGCAAAGUCUUGAAGUUCUUGACAGAGUUGUUUCUACCAGCCUCACAGACAGUGAGGUUCCUGUCCCACAUACAGACAGGAAGGUUCCUCUCAGAUAUUCAGACAGGGAGGUUCCUGUCCGACCAACAGACACUGAGGUUCCACUCAGCUCUUCAGACAGGGAGGUUCCUGUCCGGCCUCCACGUUUUACCGCAGAAAUGAAUGACAUAGUUGUGGAGUUAGGGCAGGUUGCCCGUUUUGACUGUCGGGUGGCUGCCUACCCUGACCCAGAAAUCACCUGGCUUAAAGACGGGAACAAGGUCAUCCCCACGGACCGCUAUGUUCUACAAAAUUUCCACGAUGACAUUUUUUCGCUGCUCAUCAAGGAUGCGAUUGUCGAGGACAGCGGCUGCUACGCCUGUCUGGCCAAGAACGAGUAUGGGGAGGCUAAGACGGAGGCCAUCCUCAAUGUUCUGUCGUUGCAGGGAGACUUGGAGGAGGGGGACAUGGCCCCGUCAUUCCUCACCAAGUUUGGCAACGUGGAGUGUAUUGAGGGCGUACCUGUAGAAUUCACCUGCCAGAUUUCUGGUCGCCCUCCCCCUACUGUCACCUGGCUGAUUAAUGGACGCGAAGUGACCCCAUCCUUAGAACUUCUGACCCGCCAGAAGGACAACACCAUCAUGCUGGCUUUCAGGUCAGUACAGGUGGAACAUUCUGGAGACAUUGUUUGCAAGCUGAAGAACCACCUAGGGGAGGCCACGUGUCGCGCCAAGCUCCGGGUGGCGGAGGAUCUGUCCAAGAAGGGCGAGUGUCCACUCUUUGUCGAGCGCCCGUCUGACGUGGAGGUGACGGAGGGCGGGGAAGCCAGGUUUGACUGUGUCAUCACGGGAACCCCCAUACCGGAAGUGCUGUGGUACUUCAAUGGGCGGGAACUGUUCGACUCGCGCCGGCGCGCCAUCGUCAAGAGGGGAGACAAGUACUCGCUCAUCUUGCGGGAGGUCAUCGCUGACAACGCCGGUGUUUACACGUGUAAGGCUGUCAACGCAGCUGGAGACGCAUCAUGUGCAGUGGAGCUGUCCGUCAAAGAGAUCCCCAAGGAGCUGCCCACGAGGGAGGGACAGGAGCCCAGCUACACCUACCCUCCGACCUUCACCCGGCGACUGGUGGACCAGCGAGUACUUCCGGGCCGCACCGCGCGCUUCGAGUGCCUCAUGCUGGGGAUCCCCCUACCCGACGUCGAGUGGCAAAAGGGCGGUCGCCCUCUGACCCCCAGCGACAAGUACAAGAUGGGACGCGCCGGGUCCACGGCCAUCUUGGAGAUCAGCAACGUGCAGCCCAGCGACGCCGGGGACUACACCUGCAUCCUCCGCAGUGAUGCCGGCAAGGCUUCGUCACGGGCAGGCCUGCAGGUGCAGGAGGAACCCAAAGCACGGUACGCCUCACCUGCUCCAAAGUUCGAGACCCGGGUAGCUGAGAGUCGCACGCCAUCCAAGGGCAGGGAGUUUUCUCCCCUCAUUACAAGACCUACCCGGGAGCUAACUCCUGAAGAGAAAGUGCCUUCUCUUCCUUUCGACAAGCCGUCGCUGCUGGAGGCGCGGGAGGACAGUGUGAGGCUGAGUUGGCUGCCGGCCCGCACCAGUGACCUGCCGGACAACGCGCGUCGCGUGACCUACACGGUGGAGGCCGCCAGUUGCCUAGCAACCGAUGGACGCGCUUGGCGUCCGAUCUGGAGAGCACGUCGUACGUUGCCCGUGACCUUCGACCUGACAAGGAAUAUCAGUUCCGGGUGUACGCCGAAAAUAAGUACGGACCCAGCGACCCCACGCUUCCGGCGUCACUUCCGGCAAGGGAAGAGCCAGCAGCGAGGAGGCAGCUGUUUGCGGAAGAAGCAGCAGGUACCCUGUCGGUUCCCGGCGGCCAAGCCCUACGUCAUGGACAUCGGGGCGGAGACAGUGCGCAUCGGCUGGCAGCCGGCAGAGGUGGAAGGAAGGUCACGUGACGUGUCCUACAGGGUGGAGGCGCAAAAGCUACCCAGCGAGGAAUGGAUACCCCUUGCAAGUCGAGUCCGCGACACCAGCCUGUACCUGUCGGACCUGGAGCCUGACCGUGACUACAACAUCCGGGUUCGAGCUCAAGGGCCGUACGGUGUGAGCCAGCCUACACCACCUGUGUGGUUACCUAGAGCUACAGUGUUCGCCGGUGUACCUGUCAGCCGCCCUCAGAUCACGGAGAUGGAGGCGGGGGCGGUGCGGCUGCAGUGGCAGCGCGUGGACGUGCCCACCUUCUCGCACGAGCAGGAGCCGCUGCUGUACAUGAUCGAGAUGCAGGAGCCCCCUGCCGCUCACUGGCGCGAGAUAGCCAAUCGCAUUCCAGAGACGUAUUACGUCAUUCACGACCUGGUGCCGGCGACUGACUACCGCUUCCGGGUGAGAGCCGAGACUCGAGAUGGCGCCAGGAGCGAGCCGUCCCCAGCCACGUCCAUCCACAGGACCCUAGCCCUGUCACGCCCACCUGUCGAUCGCCUGCAGAUCACAGACUAUGAACCCGACUACCAAACGGUGGGGCUGUCCUGGUCACGGGUGGAUCCACCUUUCGACCGAGAAGACGAGCCGUUGCUGUACAUGAUCGAGUACCGAGAACCGCAGGCCGACGUCUGGCACACCCUGGUGUCCGGCCUUCCCACCACCCGGUAUCGAGUACCCGACAUCGGGCCUGCACAGGACUACCAGUUCCGGGUACGAGCCAUGACUCCGUAUGGUGUGAGUCCACCCUCCCACCCGGCCGGACUGUACAGACAAGCCACUCCACUUCGUCCUCUGGCACAAGACCUCCAGGUUAGCAGUCUUGAGCCCGAGGCCGUGCGGUUGUCAUGGCAACCACUUUCGCUGCCGUCUAGUGCUCGCUCCACGCCCAGUCGUGGGGUUUCCUACCAGGUGGAGGCGCUGGAGUACCCCAGCACACAGUGGCGCCCCCUGGCCACAGAGGUGAGGGACACAACGUAUCAACUCAAGGGCCUGCAACCCACCAAGGAUUACUCCUUUCGUGUGCGCGCCGUCACACCCUCCGGACUGACAGAACCUACCACGCCGGUCACAGUCACAUCUCUUCCAGUCCGCCCUCGUCUUCAGGGUUACGAACCCUCGGCCUCGGUGGUGGGGCCCGACUCGGUGCGACUGCAGUGGCGACCAGCGGAACUGCCCUACUACAGUCGCCAAGCCACCCCCAUCUCCUACACCCUGGAGAUGCAGGAGGUACCCGGCCACACCUGGUCACCUGUACGACGAAACAUACCCGAGACCUCGUACCUGGUGACCGGCCUGAGGACCGACAGAGACUACCGUUUCCGGGUGCGGCCCGAGUCGCAGUGGGGGCCGGGGGAGACCAGCAGACCCAUCCACGUGUACCGGCGCGCAGACCUGACGUUUCCCUCCCGCGAGCCUGUCAUCUCCAACGUUGGCCCGAACAGCAUCACGUUGUCAUGGAAACCGGCACAGCUGCCAGCUGGUUACCAGUCCAGUCGCCCACUUUCGUAUCGCAUCGACAUGAGAGAGCCCCCUAGCGGCCACUGGUUGCCCAUAGCCGAGCGGCUGACCACUCCUUCCUACACCGUCAACUUCCUCAACCCCGACAAGGACUACAUGUUCCGCGUCACUGCACAGCUCGACGGCGUGGAGAGCGAACCCACAGCCAGCGCCUUCCUGCCGCACAGAGUCGGGCCGCCCAAGAUGCUGAGGGAGCCACCGCUCAUCUCCAGCGUGCACCCGGACUCCGUGUGGUUGUCAUGGCGAUCAGUGGACAUCCCGUCACGUAUCACCGACUACGCGCCAGUCACGUACCGUGUCGAGGCCCAGGAGCCACCGUCCGUGGAGUGGCGACCCCUGGCGCGUCACAUCCCACAGACCCACUACAACCUCAAGGGCCUGCGCCCGGGGCAGGAGUACAACUUCCGGGUCAGGGCGGAGAACGACUACGGCCUCAGUGAGCCCACACCGUCUGUCUUACUGAAGAAACGUUCAGUGCCACCUGUGAUGGCGCAGCACGAACCGCUCAUCUCAGACGUCUCACCGGGUUCGCUGAGGUUGUCAUGGCGACCUGCAGAUGUGCCAUCUUACCUGUUGGAUUCUGUACCUGUCAGCUAUUCUGUCCAGUACCAGCACCUGCCUGACACUGAGUGGUUGCCCCUGGCGCGAAGGAUCAUGGGCACGAGCUAUUACGUCACCGGCCUGUCGCCGGACAACAACUACGCCUUCCGCGUGAUGGCGGACAACGACUUCGGCUCCAGCAGACCCUCCCUCCCCGCGCGCAUGCCCAGACUGGCCGAAAUCCCGUCGCCCAUCUACAGCCCGCAGAUCGAGGACAUCGAGCCGUCGGCCGUGCGGCUGGCCUGGCGGAGUCCCAAGACAGGUCCGUACAAAGCCAAGACAACCACGUACGCCAUCGAGACCCUGGAGCCCAGCACGUGGACGUGGCGCCCCCUGGUGUCUCGCCUGCCUACACCCUCCUACCGGGUCACCUCCCUGCUACCCACGGAGGACUACAUCUUCCGGAUCCGCGCGGAGACUGAAAAGUCCCUGAGCGAGCCGUCCUUCCCAGUGUCCUACUCGGGUCUCCGAGCUUUCUCAGGUAUUCUGAAGAAAAAGACGGCGGCGCCGCCAGCUGUGCCCGUGGAGCGCCCCAUUCUGUCGGAGAUCGAGGCUGACUCGGUGCGCGUGUCCUGGCACCCCGUGUACUACCCGGUCAGCGCCACCUACAAGGACAGCAAGAAGCGGUACCGGGUGGAGAUGCGCGAGCUGCCUCACGGCCACUGGCACCCGGUAGUGCACCAGACACCCCAGUGGCAGUACGAGGUUACCGGACUCCGGCCUGACAGCGACUACGCCUUCCGGGUCAUCCUUGUGACAGACGAUGGCACAUCUCCUCCCUCCAACGCUGCCUACCUGUACAGAAAGCCAGUCAUCCCCCGCGUGCCGCUGGAGAUCCCCGAGCUUGCUGAAGUGAGCGACGACUCGGUGUUCCUGCGAUGGAACCGGGUGGACAUACCCGCCUUUGACACCGACGAGGAGCCGCUAUCCUUCAUGAUAGAAGCUCAGAAGCUGCCCUCCUACGACUGGGAGCCUGUGGCCCGAGGGGUGAAGGACACCUCCUAUCGGGUGACGGGGCUUCAGCCUCGCCAAGACUAUGCUUUCCGUGUGCGGGCCGAGACUCCAGCAGGCAUCACCACGCCCACCACCCCGGUACCUGUCUACAGACGACCAGAGCGCGCUGGCGUGCCUAUCAGUUACGUCACAGUGGAUGACCGUGACGUGCCGCCGUACUCGGCGCGCCUGCGCUGGACACCUGUGUACGUGGGGCCGUACAGCUCGCCGGCCAGCACGUCCUACCAGGUAGAGGUGCGCGAGCCUCGCCAAGCCUCCUGGAGCACCGUGGUCAGUGACAUCCGGGGCUCCGAGUACCUCGUGUCGGACCUCAGUCCCCGCAAGAGCUACAUGUUCCGGGUGCGGGCCCGCUCACCGGCAGGCGACAUCAGUGAUCCCAGCAUGCCCGUACCUUUCUACCCUCUUCACAUGAGGCAUUUCAGCAGACAGCCGGCCCCAGAUGCUCUGGCAAUCGUGGAGGAUUACUCGCUGCCCAGUCGAGCUUACCUGGAGGCCCUGAUCGUGAAAGUGCCACCGCGCAUGCCGAUCGAAAAGCCUGACCUCAUCCUGGUCGACCCGCAGACCGUGCACCUGACGUGGAGCGCGGCGCGCGUGCCCAAGUCGACCAGCAGUCUGUCGCCCACCACCUACCGGGUGGAGGCCCGUGAGGACGGCACCGUCAACUGGGUUGAGCGGGUAUCUGGCCUCAAGACGCUGGGCUGCGACAUCCGGGGCCUCAAGCCUCACUUGGACUACGCCUUCCGAGUGCGAGCCGUCAACGACUUCGGCUGGAGCGAGCCCACCCUGCCCUCCUUCCUGCACCGACCGAUAGAGGUGACGUACGACGAGCCGCUGAUAGCCUGGGACAGUUUCACCCCGACAGUGCCUCCUCUCGUGGCUCCCCGCCUCCCCAUCGACUCCCCCCGCCUGAUCCCCGUCACCAAGGACACGGUGCGGGUAGUGUGGCACCCGGCUAGGACCCCAGCCUACGCUCGCAAGUCGCCCAUCACCUACGUGGUGGAGAUGAAGGAGCCAACGGCCUCCUUGUGGCGCCCUCUGGCCUCCAGUCUACAGGACGUCAGCUAUCAGGUGACGGGACUUGAGCCUCUCAGACCCUAUUUGUUUCGGGUGAGAGCGGAGAGUGAGUUCGGAACCAGCGAGCCUACACUUCCUGCCGAGCUCGUGCGAGAAAAACCCAAGGCCAGGUCACAGUCGGUGGACAGACAGACUCCACAGGACAUGGACCUCGGGUCCAGGCGCGGGUCCUACAUCGAGUCCAUCACCUCUGGAGUGCCACCCAGGGUGCCGACAGGUAGGCCCUCCAUUUUUAACAUCACAGACACCUGCUGCACCCUCUCGUGGCCAGCCACCCGUCUCCCAGCCUACCUCAAGAACACAAAACUCGACUACGUCAUCGAAUUCCGAGAGGCAUCGGGCCGACAGUGGAGCACCUUCGCUGAGAACGUCACCGACACCUCCUACCGGGUGACUAGACUAGAGCCAGACCAGGACUACAUGUUCCGGGUUCGCGCUCACAACGCCUACGGCACGAGCGAGCCCACCCUGCCGGCCAUGCUGGAGAGGGACAAGAGGAAGAGCGCCACCCCCCAGAGGCGGGGGAGCUCGGUAGAGAGGCGGUCACUGGACAAACGCAGCGCGGACCGCAUGAGCAGCGAGCGACUCAGUGUGAGUCGACACAGUCUCGACCGCCGCUCACAGUCCGCACCUCGCCGCAAGGACGCCGCCAGGAAACCUGACACCGACGACGACAACUCCUCCAGCAUGGCGCCUGAUGAAACACCAAUGGCGCCUGAGUUCUCUAAGGCAGACGGAGAGGACGUUCAACACGGGGUGGAAUCCCACCCACUUACAGUAACUUUGCGGCUCCGCGGCUACCCACCUCCACAGAUCACGUGGUACCACGAGGGUAAAGAGCUGGAGCUUGGGGAUCGCAUUGACAGCUACGUCACUCCUACAGGUCAGGUGUUCCUGGAGUUCCUCAGCAUGGGCUGGCAGGAUGUUGGCGACUACAAGUGUGUGGCGAAGAACGACCUGGGCAAGGCAGUGAAGAACAUCCGGAUUGAAGUUGCAGAUCCUCCCACCUUCUUGGAGCCACUGCGAGACGUGCAGGUAGCAGAGCACAACCAGGCUUCACUCACUUGCCGGGUGGAUGGCAUCCCGUACCCGACCGUGAAAUUUAUGAAGGAUUGGCGGCCGCUAACCGACACUUCACGGGUGAAGGUGACCAACGAGCUUGACCGCUGGAGCCUCACUUUCAAAGACACCCUGCCAACCGACAGCGGCACCUACAUGUGUGUUGCUGAGAAUGUCGCGGGCAAGGUCUUCUGCGCCGCCAAAGUCAGCGUGCAAGAUGACACGCCCACUGGUCUCGCUGUGGGGCUCAAGGGGGGCUGUCUUGAGGACAACUAUUACGUGCUGCAGGAGCUGGGCAGAGGGCGACACGGUCGCGUGCGGCGCGUGGUGGAGAAGGCUACAGGUCAAGAGUUCGCCGCCAAGUUCAUCCAGGUGCGCGACGCAGCCGACAAGGAGUUCUUCCGCACGGAGCUGGAGGCGCUGCGGCGAGUGACGCACAGCAACGUCGUCCGCCUGCACGACGCCUACGAGACGCCGCGACAGCUGAUCAUCGUCAUGGAGCUUUUGCCGGGAGGCGAGUUGCUGGACCGCGUGGUCAGCUACGGCAACUGGACGGAGGGCCGGGCUGCGGGCGUGGUCAGGCAGCUGCUGGACAUCCUGAAGACCGUCCACUCCAACAACAUGGUGCACAUGGACGUCAAGCCAUCCAACCUGCUUCUGGCUGGCGACAGCAUCGACACCGUCAAGCUGAUCGACUUUGGGUUGGCGAGGAGACUGACGCCCUCCCAGCAGACCUUGAACUACGGCACGCCAGGCUUUGCGUCUCCUGAGGUCAUCGACUUGAAGCCCAUCUCCCCAGCCUCCGACGUGUGGGGUGUGGGGGUGCUCAGCUACAUCUUGCUGGCCGGCAGGUCGCCCUUCCACGCCAACACCGAGGCUGAGAGUCUGCGGAGGGCGCGGGACUGCCAGUGGUCAUUCGACGAUUGCAGUGGCUUCAAGGACGUGUCUGAGCAUGCGCGGGACUUCAUCUCGAAGAUUCUUCGAAAGAAUCCCGAGGAGCGGCCAAGUGUGUCCGAGUGCUUGUCUCACCCCUGGCUGACCAGCGCCGACACCGGAGCCAAGGUGGACGUGACGCUCAUCAAGUCUUUUCAAGACAGCGACAAGGCACAGAGGCGUGUGACUGCUGUGAGGAAUGCGGCGAACGUGCGAAGCCUGCAGCGGCUACUGUCGGGGCCGGAAGUGACGGAGCGAGGGUUGCGACCCUCAGUUGACCCCAGCUCAGGCGCCGUCACCUUCCCCGAGGCCGAGGCAUACGGCGAGUUUCUGGACUCAGAACCUUGGUACGACUGGCAGUCUCGUUACGGACAGGGCCUGGACCCAGACUCCGGUCCGCUACCCGCCAAAGACCCGGAGGAGAUCCCACAAUCACUGGCUAAGGAGCUUGAGUGGCUGGAGCAGCGGACACAGGCCCCCCCGUCACGUGGCCCUCCCCGGCAAGACAGCACCGACUCCAGACGCUCCUCCAUCUCCGUGGACGGCGAAGCGGCGGCUUCCAUCCCGUUGUUCCGCCAACGUCUGCAUGACCUGACCUUUGAGACAGGGGACACCAUCACCAUGUACUGCGCGCUGGAGGGGGCGCCACCCUACUCCACGGUGUGGUACAAGAACGAAGAGCUGCUCACGGACGGCAACCGCGUGAAGCUGGCGUUGUACGACGACGGCCAGGCGACGCUCACCAUCACCACGGCCAAGCCCUACGACGCGGGGCUGUACAAGUGCGUGGCCAGGAACAAGGCGGGCAGAGCCUCCAGUAGGAUGCGCCUCCUGCUGGGAGAUGUGCCCGAGAGGCCUGGCUGGCCGGUGGUGACGCAGAUGGGCGCACAGGAGGCUGUGGUCAUCUGGGAGGCGCCCGUUGACGGCAACUUCCCCAUACAGGGCUACAGGGUGGACUACAAGGCUAGAGGAGACAGUCGCUGGACCACGGCGGUGUACACGCCCCUGGAAAUCUGUCUCGUCUCGGGCUUGAAGCCAGACACACCCUACAGGUUCCGGGUGUCGGCCAUUAACUUUCUGGGACGCGGACCAUUCAGCUGGUCAACAGCGGAAGUCACUACUGCCAAGGAGGGUGAGUGGAUCCAUCGGAGAGAUUACUUCUGGAGACCUAAGUCUCGCAGAGCUGAGAAGACAGCAGGAGAAGGGGAAAGAACUCCUGGAAAAGCCUCUCGAACCGGAAGCGACAGAAGAAGCCCUUGUGACAGAGGAAAAGGAGUUAACUCUACAGACAGCUCCCCCCGACACACAAUAUGUACUUGGAGACCUCUAUGGAAAGGCAGGUUUGGGGAGCUGAGAGAGUGCAGGGACAAGAAGACUUCCCAGCCUGCACUUGUCGAGAUACUGCCCCCGGGCGAGGGCACGCGACAGUUUGACCUCCUGAGGUCACUUCGUCACGAGACGCUGCUCCAGCUGCUGGGCGCCUUCGCUCUUCCCGACCACGACUACCUGGUGUGGCAGGCUGUGUCCGGCCAGCAUGCUCUGCAAAGGUUGUCACUCAGACGACGGUACACAGAGGAAAAUGUGGCCUCCAUCAUCCGCCAGGUGUUGUACGGACUGCAGUUCCUUCACCGCAGUCACGUGGUGCACCUCAACCUUCAGCCCGCCUCCCUGCUGCUGACCUCUCACCGAGGGCUGGACCUGAAGCUGUCAGACUUUUCUCUCUCACAGCAGCUGCCUGGCUCUGAGGGGCUGGUGGUUCCUCGUCGGGGCUAUCCGGACUUCAUGGCACCGGAAGUGGUGACUAAAGAGCAGGCCAGCGGUGCGUCUGACGUAUGGACUGUGGGGACACUGACCUUCUUACUACUGUCCGGCCUGUCACCAUUCCGCGCGGCCAGUGACGUGGAGACGUUGGUCAACGUGGCGUACAGCCGCUACGACGUGGGCGACCUGCAGGACGGCGUGUCCAGCGAGGCCUUGAGGUUCCUCUACAAGACCAUGAAACGCCUGUCCAGGAACCGGGCGAGUGUCCAGGACUGCCUGGACCACAAGUGGCUGCAGCUGUCGGACAGUAUGACCAAGGCACGUGACGCCGUCCUGCUCCGCAGCAACCGCCUCCGCAACUUUGUCCUCGACUACGACCGCCGCCGUCAAGACCCCGACUUCCGCUACGAUUUCGACGACAUAGUGCUGCCCCCUGGUUUGGCUGCCUCCGUGUCUCAGGCGUUGACUAUUGCUGGGAUAGCGAGGGCAGAGGUCGAUGACUGCCAAACGCGCCCUGCAGACCAAGACCCGGAUGUUUCUAUGUCUGCUGACGUAGCUCAAGACAAAGACAGAACCAUGGAGUGGAUUUCGCAGUCGCUAACUGAAGGGUCGGAGUCCCAGGUAGUUGUAGUUUCUAUGGAGACCGAUGAAGACAACUUCGGAGCAGGAAGACUGAGCUCUGACGUGGUGGCGGACGACGUGGAGGCCGACCAGGUGUUGCUGGCGCUGCCCGAGACGUCUGCCGAGGUGGUCGUGACCCAAGCAGUCCAGAUGAGGCCGUUCGUGGAGUUUGCAGACGAAGCAGUAGAUUUUGUGAUCCCCUCGCAGGCAGGGACGAAUGACUUCGAGUUCACCUGGACAGGGUCAGAAGGUAAGGACGACGAAAUGACCCCGACAGAGGGCGCUCAGGUGGACUCGGAGCUGGUGACCAGUUUUUGGAUCGCGAGUUCUGAGGGAGAAGAAGCGAGCGCUUGAAGAGAAUGUUUCUGCAGUUGCGAAGGAAGCAGAAGAGGUUACAGAAGCUGUCUUUGCUGUGUUUGAUGGAGGAGUAGAGGGAGGAGCGCUCAGCUGUGACGUCUCGGAACAGGUCGAGUGACAUCACACUGGGGACAGGUGAAAGACUAGAGACCUCUGGUGGUGCUGUGCCCCUACACUACAGUCUUUCCCUGAGAAAAGGUGUCCGGGACCCUGGUGGCUACAGACCUCCCCGCGACUGUAAACUAUUGUACAUAGGCAUGCAACUACCACUAGCUUAGAACUGGGGUGGACCCUCGGGACGAACUGUUGGCGGUAAAGAGAAUGAAGAAAUAAGUCGUACCUAGUUUUGUAUACAAUGUAAAACUUAUUUAUUUUAGAGGAGGACACUAUACCUGAUGCAAUGUGGACUGUAAAGUCGACGGCUAAUGAGGACUAGGAGUGAACAGGAUUUUUGUUUUAUAGAAAGACAGAAUACUCAUGGAGUCUGCCUAAAGCAGGGUUCAGACAAUCGUAGUAAGUUUAAUGAAGGCUGGUGUAAAAGAGAAAGUAUCCUUAUUUAUUUUAUAUUAUCUUAACCUUAGCAUGAUACACGUGAUACCCAGAAAAUCUGUAGCACACGAUUUAGGGUAGGUGCCUGCCUUUGUGGGCAGUUUGUUGACAUUUCAGUAAAUGUUUAUAGUAGUAAUUACAUCGCUGUCACGUGGUGUGGGGUGGCCUCAAGUGUAGUGGAGAACAUCGUCGCCAUCUUGUGCCUGAUGGAAACAGACGACCACAGCUGCCAGCAGUACAGCAGUACAUCAGUACAGUCUAUCAUCAGGACAGUCUGCCUCAGACGAGGGCGUUAGAGAGGUUUUUGUCAAGGACGGUAACCACGUGGUCUGUGUUAUAGCCCCCCCCCUCACACCCCCCAGUGGGUUUUGGCCGAUGAUUGUUGUUUUCCAACUGUGGCUCGGGUUACACGGUUGGCUGAACUUUACCAGGGUUUCGAUUCCCAUGUUUCCCGGAUUGUUUCCUCAAAAACGAACGGAAGCAACCACGGAUGGCACUUGGUCUGAUCAUAAAGCUGAUUUCCUUCAACAGUU